AUGGGUGGAGAUCUGAACCUCAAGAAGUCAUGGCAUCCGGGGUUGAUGAAGAAUCAGGAGCGCGUAUGGCUGGAAGAAAAGCGCGCUCUGGAAGAGCGCAAAAAGAUCGCGCAACUUCAGCGUGAAAGAGAGGAGGAGCGCCAAAUGGAAGAAAUCCAGCGCCUACAAGAAGCCUCCGGAAAGUCAAAGCAACACAGUCGAGUCGACUGGAUGUACCAGGCACCCUCGAGCGCGACCGGACACUACUCGGAGGAGAUGGAGGGAUACCUUCUGGGAAAACGCCGCAUCGAUGGAGUUCUCCUGAAGAACGACCCAGACACCAAGAAGUUAGAGAAGGGUUCGGAGGUGGUAGGCAACGGUACCCCAGCCGGCCCAUCUGCUGUCUCAGCGCGCGAUACCAUGUCGAAGGUUAUGGCGGACCCGCUACUCGAAGUGAAGAAGAGGGAACAGGCGGCAUAUGAAGCGAUGGUGAAGGAGGCAGUUAGGCGCAAGGAACGAGAGAUGAAACGCGCGGAUCGCGAUCGAGGAAAGGAUCGUGACCACGGUGACCGGGGUGACCGUGAUCGCCACCAUCGUACCCAUGACUCGAAGCGCAGACGGUACAGCGACGAUGCAAGCGAUGAUCGUCGUGACCGCCAUGACCGCCACCACCGAAGAUCGUCACCUCGUCGACACCGGUCUAGAUCGCCUGGUUCGCCCGAUCGAUCCUCUCGCAGACACCGCAGUGACCGUGAACAUCGCGAUGAUGAACACCGUUCAGACAACCGUGAUCGAAGGGGUGAUGAGUACAGACCUCGCCGAGAUGACAGAGACAGGGAUCGAGAUCGUCGGGACUAUAGAGACAAGAGAGACCCUCACUCCAGCCGACACCAAGAUCGCGAAGAUAGACGUGACCGAAAUCGCUCACCGCGUCGGACUUCCCGAUCUCCCCGCCCAUCCAGUGAUCGCAAAGAACGUCCUGCUGCGGACGAAGAGCGCCGCCGUGAUUUCCCUCGACGCGAAUACAACAAUCGGCGUGACUCUGGCCGGGACCAAGGGCCACCCUCGGCUCGUGCCCCAGCAACCAAACCUGAUCCUAAGGAACUGGAAGAAGAGCGCCGGCGCAAACUGGCAGAAAUGCAAUGCAAUGCCACCGAUAUGGAAACCGAGCGGCGCCAGCGCAUCACGGACAUUUCCGCUAAAGAGGAAGAGCAACGGGAGGCUGAUGAUCGGCAACGUUCAGACCGAGGCAGGUUCAUGUCUGAUGUCAACAAGCGAGUACAGGAGGAUACUCUCGAUGAACGCAUUCGCCGUAGUCGUGGUGGACUGGCCAAGAUGGAGGAGGAUUGA